AUGAAGAUCUGGAGCACUGAGCAUGUUUUCAGCUACCCAUGGGAGACGGUUAUCAAGGCUGCCAUGAGGAAGUACCCCAACCCCAUGAACCCCAACGUGGUGGGCGUGGACGUGCUGGAUCGCAACCUGGACGCAGAGGGACGCCUCCACAGCCACAGACUGCUGAGCACGGAGUGGGGGCUGCCGGGUAUCGUCCGAGCGAUUCUGGGGACCAACCACACACAGACAUACGUGAAGGAGCAUUCAAUAGUCGACCCAGAUGAGAAAAAGAUGGAGUUGUGCUCAACGAAUAUUACUCUCACCAACCUAAUAUCGGUGGAUGAGAGGCUUGUUUACAGACCGCAUCCAGACAACCCGGAGGUGACGGUCCUGACGCAGGAGGCCAUCAUCACUGUCAAGGGAGUCAGUCUGAGCAGUUACCUGGAGGGAAUGAUGGUCAGGAGCAUGUCUGCAAACGCCCGGAAGCUGUACUGCUUCAAUAAAAACUAA